AUGUCUGCCACGAACAAAGAAAGCAUCUCAGCUAAUUGUAUCUCCCUGGGCGCCUUGCCAGCCGCUGGGCGCAACCCAUGGAAGGUGGUUCUCAUCCUCGAGGAGCUUGGAGUCUCCUAUAAGACCGCCGAGAGUUUCAAGUUCGACUAUGUCAAGGACAAGCCUUACAUUGACAUCUGCCCGAACGGGCGGGUCCCCGCCAUUGAGACUUAUGAGUCGGAGAAAGAAAUAACUCACGAGUCACUCAACGAGCGCUAUCUGCUGAACCAGUCUCUGCACUUCCAGAUGAGUGGUCAAGGGCCUUACUACGGCCAGUCAGGGUGGUUCAACGUCCUCCACCCCGAAAGAUUACCCUCCGUCAUUGAGCGCUACAACGGACCGGUCCGCCGCGUGCUGAGCGUGCUGGAAACCUUCCUGGGAGGAGAGAAGACCUGGUUGGUCAGGGAUAAGUGUACUUUUGCCGAUCUUUCUUUCAUGCCGUGGAACACAAGACUAGACUUUGUGCUCAUGACCAAGCCCGGGGAGGACCCCCUGGCUCCCUAUCCCAACGUGCAGGCGUGGCACAAGCGGAUGGUGGAGCGUCCGGCUUGGAAGCGAGCGAUGGCGGUCCGGGAUAAGCUGAUGAACGACCAGGGGCUGAUGCCCAAUGGAAUGCCUAAGGGGAUCAACAACAUCAAAGAGUAUGAGGAGUAUAGGGAGAAGCUUGCGGCAAAGGCACAGGAGGCCAAACAGGCCGUGUGA